AACCCAGGGCCAGAGGCAAGAUCGCUUUGUUUGCAGCUCUUACAUUAUUGUUUAGUGUUCUAUUCCGUCUCUUGUGGGAAUUUGCUGGUGUUUCAUCAUUUUGUAUGUUUUAUUCUCCUAGUUGACGAUAUUUACAUUGUAUCUAUAGUUGUGCAAGGCACAUGGAAAACUAAUUAGUACAGUUUCCACAAUAUGUUCAGUUCUGGUUUUGGCAACACGCCAAAGAAGAAUAUGCUCUUUGAAGAUAACGACAUGACAGGAGGACUUGAAAGCAUGGGAUAUCUUAACUCUGGAAGUUCUGUAGCGGACAUGUUAGGGCAAUCUCAAUCUUCACAAUUUUCUCCAUUAUAUGGACAGCAGAAAUCCAAUACAAUGGGAGGUUUGGGUCAAUUUGGUCGGAGUUUUUCAAUACCAGGGAAUUUAACACCAACAAGUUUAGGAGGAGAAAUGUUAAAUCAACAACAACAACAGCAGAACAGGGGUAUUCCGCCAAUGUCAAGGAGUUCUAUGUCGAUAGGUCCACCCAAUCUUCCAACAUCACAAAUGAAUAAUAAUUUGUUAUCAAGACAAGGUAUGAGUCCAACAAGAGGAAUUUCACCAGAUAUGCUUUCUUUGAAACAAGGAAUGAACAGGGGAAAUAAUAAUUUAAUUGGUUCAAGGAAUCAAUCGUUUCAAAAUACCCAGUCAUCAGGUAUGAAUGCAAUAGGAAGUGAAAAUUUAUCUCAACUUCGACAACAGCCUCAAGGACCAAAUGGUUCAUCAGGAAUGCUUGACAUUAGUGAAUUUCCUGCUCUCAAGAGCGGACCAACUAUUACAAGCCAAAUAACAAAUGGUAUCUCAAAUCCCUUCAAUCUUGAUCAAGCUGAAUUUCCAGCUUUGGCACAGAGGGCAAGACCUAUUGGAUCACAACCAUCUGAUUCACUUAAUUCAAAGCAUCCUUAUGGUAUGCUAAAUAAACCUGGUGGAAAUUCUGAAUUUCAAAUACAAAAUGAGGAUUUUCCAGCUCUUCCUGGUGCAGCUACUGCAUUGAAUGUCAUGAAGCCGUUGUUUCCAGAACAAGAUGGCAGAGGGGAUGAAUCCAGUAGCAAAUAUGGUCCUUUGGGUAAUCUUCAUCACGCUCUUGGAAAUAUGGAUGAUAAAUCAGGUCUUAUGUCAUCUGGUUUAUUGCGUAAUCAACAAUCAUCUCAUCAAAAAGGAAUUCAGGUAUUGCAAGACAAUUCAAUCAAAAAUAUCCCAAGCAGUAUGUUGAUGGACCAAUACGGAGUGGUGGGUUUACUUGCUUUCAUAAAAGCAGCGGAAACUGAUCCGACGUUAGUUCAUCUUGCCCUUGGUAACGACCUCACGACACUCGGAUUGAACCUGAAUUCACCAGACAACCUGUAUCAUAAAUUUCAAUCACCGUUUUCGAAGCAACCUUGUCGACCACAAGACAUUGAUUUUUUUGUACCAAGUGAAUAUUUAACGAACGCCCACAUCCGAGAUAAACUAGCGCCAAUCAAACUCAAUCGAUACGGAGAAGAUUUGCUUUUUUAUGUUUAUUACACAAAUCCUGGUGACGUUUUACAACUGGCAGCAGCGGCUGAACUUUAUAACAGAGAUUGGCGAUAUCAUAAAGAAGAACGAAUUUGGAUCACGAGAGCACCAGGAAUAGAUCCGCGUGUUAAAAGCAACACAUAUGAACAGGGAACAUACUAUUAUUUUGAUUGCCAAAAUUGGAGAAAGGUUGCAAAGGAAUUUCAUCUUGAAUAUGAUAAAUUGGAAGAACGCCCAAACCUACCAAACCUUAUGUCAUUGCACUUCAAUCCAGCUCAGCACGCGUGAUUCUGUUAAACUUCUCAAAAAUCCAUCAUCAAGCGAUGUUCGUUUAUACGUAAGCCAUGAGAAUGAUCGAGCAUGGUUCAUAAUGAAUUUAUGAGAGGCCCAAAGGUGGCAAAUCUUACUUGUAUCGUUUACAUGCCAUUUUUUAAACUUUUAUAUGGACACAAAGGUUCGAAUAAAAAAUUCCCCCUUUUCCUCACUCACUUGGUUUCUUUUGCUUUAAAAGCAAAUUAUUAUAAUAAAACAGUUUUCUGCUGCUGGA